AUGAAUAAGAUUGGAUGUAUCUUAAUCCGGUCAAUGCACCCAGCCAAUGGCGUGGCCGUCGGCCAUGUAGGGCUCGACGAACCCGCGAAAGUGCACGUCGCCGUCGACGCACCCCCAGCGCGCGCCGUAGCCGUCUUUCUGCCGGAUCUCGAGCACAAUGGGGCCGUUCGGCAGCCCGUGCGUGUUCAUCCAGACCAUACUGGCCAUGAUUUCGCGGACCUUGGCCUCGCCGAGGGCAUUUUUCUGGGCCUCUGGGCCUUUGUUGACCCCCCACCACCCGUCCAAGCUGCGCUGCGCGUGCUUGGUCCACUGGCGGCCGCCAAUCGUGAGCUUCGACGUGGACGACGCGUCGCCGUGCUUGCGGUUGAAGGCGUCCAUGCAGGCGGCAACCGUCGGCGGCACGAGCACUUGACUGCCCGCCGUGCAGCGAACACCGAGCAGCGUGACGAUCCCACGGGCGCCACCGAUCGCGACAACAAACGCGUCCAUGCCGUCCGUCGUGCCAAGGCCUUCCACCGUGGCCAGAGGAAUCCGUGCGAGACGGUCUCGUGGGCCCGUGUCCUCGACGACGCCAUCGACCGGUGGUGGCAGCUGCGUCAAGACGGGGCAGACUCCCGUCGACUGCCAUGUCGAAAGACACCUUGCGAGCAGCUUGUAGUAGGCGUGCGGCCACAUGCCAAUGUACGAGAGUGGCAAACAAUUCGGGUCGGUAUCGUUGGUGUCGGUGACCAGUUGCUGGCAAAAGAGCGUCGCGGCGCGAGGCGGCAGGCUCAAAAGCGUCGCCCAGGCCUCCGGCGUCACUCGAUCGGGCGCGAAAUAGGCCGCGAUAACGUCUUGAAGCAUGGUCGACAAGCGCGCGCUUUCGUCGGGCAGCACGAAUGA